AUGUGGGCUGCUGUUUUAUCCGGUAAGUGAAGUGUAAAUUCUAGUUGGUUUUUUGCUGUCAGUCUGUCGGGAAAAUAAUGGGGACCAUGUCGCUACGCCGAUUGCGUCACUGAGGUAAAAAGCAGUUUUCAUAAAAAUUUUAAAAAAUAAAAUAAUGGCGACAGAGUCCCCAUUAUUCUCCCGACAGACUGGUGGGGCGCCGCGACCCUUGCGGGCAACCACCUUGCGGGUAGCCGACAUUUACUUAUCAGAAUCUACCGUAAUCUCUGUAGUGUAUAAUAGAAAUUUUGCAUUGGCAACUCCCUGGUACUGGCAAGUGCACUAAUGUACUGCAUAAAAUCAUUCACCGCUUUCGAAGUUACUGUUUCCAAAAAAUCAAAGUUUCUGAACGUUUAGAAAUGCCUGGUUCAUGGUGACAUUGUGAAUAAAUACUUGCCAAUACAGUGGCGGAUCUGAUUCAGCGGCAAAAAACGUACCAUUAUGCAUUCGGGAAGUAUCAAAAAAUGUGGCGAAAUGACUCCCUCUCCAAGUGAAAAAACUCCAAUUUGAAAAACGCAUCCGCUCUUUCUUGUGGACGGUGCGGCUUUCAAGACGGAUUUUUUUCAGUUGGAGAGGGAUAUUUUGCAACAUUGUUUGAUACUUUCCGGAUGGUGCGUUUUUUUGCCACUAGAUCAGGUCCUCCACUGUAACUAUUCCAGUCAUCGCUUGGAAACUUUGUUCGCAGCAUCUAACUGCCAAAUCCAUUGUUACAAUUUCCUGUUAUAAGCAACUGUUGGCUGAUUUCCAAACAUAUCCGCAGAAUCUUUGUGGCUCUGCCAUCAAGUGGUGGCCCGCAGGUGUAAGGAAAAAGCAAUUCGAUUUUGCCGCGACACAAUUCAUUAUCUCGGCAGCGAUAUGGUUUUCGAUGCAACGCGCUCGUUAUUUUCCCGACAGACAGUUAGGGGCCUCCAAAAAUAGCCCUCACAUUCCCUGCCAUGCAAAAUUCAUUUUCAGAUCGUGAACUUUGAAGCGGACACGGUCAUCUUCGAGUUCAUGGCCUUCCACUUUCUGCAUCUGGGCCACCGCACCGCCGCGUUCACCGAAGGCGCCCUGCUGAUCCUCGUCGUCAUUGUGUUGCCGAUUCAGGCCGUCGUUCGGUACGGGAAUUUGCGGUCGAAGCCGCUGAGCAGUGCCCAGCUCGAUGGGAUGUUUAUUUUUUGCAUUUUCAUCGCCAUUUUGUAUGGACUCCUCACAAGCGCCGCCGUAAGUCCAUGGGAGCCGCCGAAUCUUCCUGCCGACGCAUAUCCUCAGGUGAUUGUGGUGGUGCAGCUGGUAAGAGGUUCGAAAUUCAUCCGAUAGAUAUCGAAAAUCUUUUAGAAUGCGGCCAUUUCAAGGGCGAUGACAUUUGUCUGUGUGUUCCUCGUUAUCACAACGUACGCGUUGAUUGUCAUCUAUACGUUGAAGGCGAGGAUGUUGAUGAAGACUAUGCAACGGGUUAUUAGCAACGAAACGAAGAGGUUGCAGGCGAGAAUGAGGAAGUUGAUUAUCAUUCAGGUAAACCGUAGCGUCUUUUUUAAAACAGUUUUUUACAAACUGAAGGGGCCCGGACAUUGUUGCAACGACCAAAUUUCUUGAAACUUGGCCAGUAGAAGGGCUGGGCAUGCUGACAAAAAGCGAUAUCGGGUUUUGCGAAAUUUCACCCAUUGUCACGACUUAGUCGUGGUGUAAGAUGGCCCUGAACUUGCCCGCUACUACUAGUAUUCACUACCCUCUGAUAACCCGGAGACACAGACUAGAGGACUCUGGCAAUAAAACUGUGAACUCACGAUAUUGACUCCAGACGAUGUGACCACCAUACAACAACAAUAGACUACAGUAGACAAUACAACGGUUUUUUGCACACAACACAACCGGGAAAAGGCAAAACACAAAUUAAUACUGAUUGGGCGAUUUCUCUUCUUUAUAUACCAAUUUGUCGGUCAUUCCGUGGGAAUAUGCAAAUUCACACGCGAAGUCGUGACACCAUUCCGGGAUUACUGUAACAGUUUGUAUUUUAUAAAGUGGCGGUUGCUGUGGGCCGGGUGAGGGCUCUAUGAGUCCAAAACUUUUUGUGGUGCUGUUUUCGACCAUGUCAAACAUUUUCCUAAUCAAUCAGACCAAUAUAGUUUUUCAGACCGUAUUCCCUUUAUUUUGCCUUGUCACUCCGACAUUUCUCCUCGGCGCCUACCCGUAUUUGGACCUCAAAAAUUACACGCAUCUGCUCAAUGACUUCUGCACAACUUGCUUUAUCUGGAUAUCGCUGUUCAACCCUCUGUCCGUCAUAAUGCUGAUGCCGCAAUAUCGGCGAAAAUUUUUUAGAGCGCUAUGUUGGGGAACAAGUCCAAAAUCGCCAGCGGCAACAAUGGUGACCUCGAUUGCAGAGGCGCAGACGGUUCGAAGACAGUAG